CCUUGUGCUAGUAGUACCCUCGUCGGUGCCCCUCCCCGCUGUAGCUCCCGUUCUCAUACUAACCAUCGUUCUUAGAGCGGGAACAGAGGAUCCUCCCGUGCGGUAGUGAGUGAACUGUGAUCGUCUGCUUACAGAACCUGACCUUACCAGUGCUCGUAUAAAGGGAUGAAGGUCGAAGGAAAGGUUGCUAUGGUGACGGGAGGAGCGCGCGGCAUAGGGAAGGCUAUCUGUGCCGGAUUGCUGGAAGAAGGCGCCAAGGGCGUCUGCAUUGUUGACAAUCGGACGGCGGAAGGUACAGGUACGGCGUCAGAGCUGUGCGCGAAACACGGAGAGAACAGAGCGAUAUACGUCAACACCGACGUUACCGCAGACGACCAGUUCGAAGGGCAGGCUGCUUCCAGUGAAAUCAGUCCAGGGCAAAAACACGAAACGAAAUACCGCAAAUGGUGUAACUAUAACCAUGUGAUGGUCAACAUGAUGCCUCAUGCUGAUCAACGUGGGACUACCUGCCACACGUCUACAAGAUAUUUACGGGAAGGGUUACAGUGUGUUUGUCAUGUUCUGCAGACUGCCGUCAUCACGGGAACCAUGCUGGCGCUGAAGUACAUGGGAAAAUGUCACGGUUUCGAUGGAGGCAUCGUCGUCAACGUGUCAUCACUUGGAGGACUAACCCCUCUCUGGUACAUCCCAGCCUACGCGGGAACCAAGUUUGGCGUCGUCGGAUUUUCCCGGUCUAUCGCACUGNUAUAUAGUGAAAUUUAUAUCGCACUAUAA